UUAAACUAAUAAAUCUAUUUAGUACAAUGUUUUAAUUUCCUAUUAGAAAUUAUAGUUAUUUGGAUGGUUUUAUUGGAUAUAACUAAUCGAAAUAUGAACAAAGUUUGAUGGCUAACCUGCUCACCUACCUUACCAAAUGGACAACUGGUUGAAGUGCAAUCUUUAGAGUAUUAGUGUUUUCUUUUUAAUUAAAAAUCCAAAUUUUAUAGUCUUAUUAAAUAAAUUUUGCAAAUUUAUUCUGUUAUGUAAAUUAUUUUCAUUGAAAACAUUUACUAGCAUUUCAAACUGCUAGCUGUGGGAUUUGUUUGCUAUUAAAAAUGAGGCAUACCUCAGAAACUUGGCUUAUUUCCCAAACCUUCCUUGAGCCAGGAUUGAACAGCAAAUAGGACACCCAUGUAAAUCAAUUUUACUUCUACAAAAUGGCUACGGGUCGAUGUCAGUCUUCGGGUGUCAAGCAGACAGAGCUAGACCAAAUAUGGGAUGAUCUUCGGCAAGGUAUUGAACAAGUAUACAAGCGACAGUUUAUGUCGAAAACGCGGUACAUGGGCUUAUACACACAUGUAUACAAUUAUUGCACAAGUGUUCACCAACAAGUAAACAGAUCUACGACUAAAGGGAAAAAAGGCCAGGUCACUGGAGGUGCCCAGCUUGUGGGAUUGGAAUUAUAUAAAUGUUUAAGAGAUUUUUUGAGAAACUAUUUAGUAAAUUUACUUAAGGAUGGGAUUCACUUGAUGGAUGAGGAUGUUUUGCAGUUUUAUACACGACAGUGGGAAGAGUACCAAUUCAGUUCCAAAGUUUUGAAUGGUGUUUGUUCAUACUUGAACAGGCACUGGGUCAGAAGGGAAUGUGAAGAGGGAAGAAAAAGUAUUUAUGAAAUAUACCAACUGGCAUUAGUUACAUGGAGAGAUAACUUGUUCAAGCAGCUCAAUCGGCAAGUUACAAAUGCUGUAUUGAAGCUUAUUGAACGAGAAAGAAAUGGUGAAACAAUUAACACUAGAUUAGUCAGUGGUGUUAUCAACUGUUAUGUAGAACUUGGUUUGAAUGAAGAAGAUCCUUCGGCUAAAGGUCCAACUUUAAGUGUGUACAAGGACUCUUUUGAAAAUGUUUUUCUUGAAGAUACUGAAAGGUUUUAUACCAAGGAAAGCACCGAGUUUCUCCGUCAAAAUCCUGUCACAGAAUAUAUGAAGAAGGCUGAACAGAGGCUAUCUGAAGAACAGAAAAGAGUUCAAGUUUACUUGCAUGAGACAACAGCCGACAGGCUUGCAAAAACAUGCGAGAGGGUGAUAAUAGAAAAACAAAUGGAAGUUCUUCACGCUGAGUUUCAGCAUCUUCUUGAUUCUGACAAAGAUGAGGAUCUUGGUAGAAUGUACCAGCUUGUUUCUCGGAUACCAGAUGCUCUCGGUGAAUUGAGAUCUUUAUUAGAAAGUCAUAUUCAGAAUCAAGGACUGGAUGCCAUUGAAAAAUCUCGAGACACAGCUUCUAAUGAUCCUAAAAUUUAUGUAUCAACUAUUCUGGAUGUGCAUAAGAAGUAUAAUGCAUUAGUGAUUACUGCAUUUAACAAUGAUACAGGAUUUGUAGCAGCACUUGACAAAGCAUGUGGAAAGUUUAUUAAUAACAAUGCCGUUACAAGAGAUGCUUCAUCUUCUUCAAAGAGUCCUGAAUUACUUGCAAAAUUUUGUGAUCUUCUUCUUAAAAAAUCAUCUAAAAAUCCUGAGGAAGCAGAACUGGAAGACACUCUCAACCAAGUGAUGGUAGUCUUCAAGUACAUUGAAGAUAAGGACGUUUUUCAAAAAUUUUAUUCUAAAAUGCUUGCUAAGCGUUUGGUUCAACAUAUGUCUGCGAGUGAUGAUGCAGAAGCUAGUAUGAUAAGUAAGUUAAAACAAGCUUGUGGUUUCGAAUAUACCAGCAAACUUCAACGAAUGUUCCAGGAUAUUGGCGUAUCUAAAGAUCUUAAUGAACAGUUCCGGAAUCAUUUAGUUAGAUCGGCUGAGCCAUUGGACAUCGAUUUUAGUAUUCAAGUUCUCUCUUCCGGGUCAUGGCCUUUUCAAUCAAGUCAGAACUUCUCGUUACCUACUGAGCUGGAAAGGAGUGUUCAUCGUUUUACAACAUUCUAUAGCAGCCAGCACUCAGGGCGGAAAUUGAACUGGUUGUAUAAUAUGUCCAAAGGGGAACUGAUUACUAAUUGUUUCAAAAACAGGUAUACGUUGCAAGCAUCAACCUUGCAAAUGGCUGUUUUGCUUCAGUAUAACAGCUCAGAGUCUUGGACUGUCGGGCAGCUGGCCGAGAGCACUCAAAUUAGUUCAGAUUAUCUUCACCAGGUGCUUCAUAUACUUCUUAAAGCUAAACUUCUCUCAACAGAAGAAGAAGAUGAAGCUGAACUUCAACCUAAUUCAUCUCUAUCUUUAUACCUGGGCUAUAAAAACAAAAAACUGAGAGUGAACAUUAAUAUGCCUGUCAAAGCUGAGUUAAAACAUGAACAGGAAACCACGCAUAAGCACAUAGAGGAAGAUAGGAAACUUUUAAUUCAAGCAGCAAUAGUGAGGAUAAUGAAAAUGAGAAAAAUAUUGAAACAUCAAAACUUAGUUGCAGAAGUACUCAAUCAACUUUCUUCUAGGUUCAAACCAAGGGUUCAUGUCAUCAAGAAAUGUAUAGAUAUUUUGAUUGAGAAGGAAUAUUUAGAGAGAACAGAGGGCCAGAAAGAUACUUACAGCUAUUUAGCCUGAUCAAGAAAAGAAAAAUUGCACUUAACCAUGACCAAUUUAAGUGUGCACUCUUCAGUCCCCCAGUUCAUUCAUGUUUGGUCCACAUCGUUGGAUUCAUUAACUGAUUUCUUUUAUUAUAUAAUAUAUAUUUAUAUAAAGAUGUUUUUGUUAAAUCAGUAAAUUAUUUUGAAUCAUGGACUUUUUUUGUUAGUAUGUUUUGAAACGAUUUUGCUAUGUGUGUCCCUUUCAAUUUUCAUCUUAUAUAUUUCUAAGGACUCUGCUAUAUUUUUGUGGAAAAAGAACGAGAACCUCAUUUUAUCAGGUUUAUGUUGAAAAUAGAGGGCUUUCAAAGCUAACUGGAGAAUACAUUUCUAGUUUAGAAAUAUAUCCCAGAUGGUCAGUGAUACUGAUUGAUAUAAUUAUAUAUUUAGGUAAAUAUAUAUUUAAGAGAACAUUUAACAGAUUUAUUAUAAUUGUGUAAAAAAAUAUUCACCAAUAUUAUUUAUAUUAAUUUGUAAGGAACAAACUUAUACCAAAUUAAGUUUUUGAGUUGUUAUGAUGUUCUGGUUUUGUAAAGUUUAUAUAUCAAUCUUGGAUUCUUUUUGUUUGUAUAAUGUUUUAAGUAUAUAUAAGAAUGAUGUGAGAACAUUUUAUUUCAUAUUUGUAUGGAAUAUGUAUUUGAUUAAAAUGUCUGUAAAAAAAAAAAAAGCUAUAAAAAUAAUAAAUAAAACAUACAAAAAAACAUUCCAUGAAUGAAAAUUUGGUUGAUAACUUUUUGUACGGUGUAAAUAUUUGGCCCUUGAAUGUGAGAGAAAGGAAUGUUGAUAAAAUUCAUCUCUUUGGGGGAAAGGAGGCAGUUGAAAGAUAAAGGCCUAAAUUUAUAAGCAUUUUAAUAUCAUGGAAUUUUUUUUUUCCUUAAUAAUUUUAAAUUAAUGGACCACAUAAAAUUCAUGUAUCUCAACCUUGAUGACUAUUAUUGGCGUCACGUUCCUUCUUAUGGAAUUAUUCAAACACUGGUGUGGUUCAUCAACUUAUUUUUAUCAAUAAUACUUAACCAUGAAAAAUUGUUUAUAUUUUAUCAUAAAUGUUAACUGUUUAAUCCCUGCUGCUUGUAUAUAGAAACUAUACCCUUGUUAAUAGUACCUAAGUAGAUUGUAAUUUUCUUCCAUAUUAACUCUUUUGUAACGUUCAAAGUUGUGUGAAUUGCUUGAUGCAACCACUGUAUUAGUAACAGCCAUGACUUUUAUUUUUUAAAUGUUUGAAGAGUUCUUUUUUGAUAAAUUAGAUCUCUUCUUAAUAUAGCCAUACAAACCCUACCUACAUUUUUUAACGAUUGGUACUUUCGAUGAGUGAAUAUAUUUGAUAUGUUAACUAAUGAAGAUAACGAAAAAUUAACAAGUCACAUUCAAGUGUCUUCGAUAUAAUUUUUUUUUUUUUAAUUUUGUAAAUUUGACAUUAUAGGCAUACCACAUCUGAAAUAAAUUACUCUCUUGACUUUUUUCUUUUGGUUUUAGCCUUUUAUUGUUGAUAUGAAUUAAUUUAUGAGGUUACAAGGUAAACAAAAAAAAAAUGUGCAGUUUUUAUUAUUAAAAUUAAACUAUUGCAUGUAAUAUAAAUAAAAUAUUAAUUAAAUUAAGCACCUACAGAAUAUACCUCUUCCUU